AGCAUGUUUUAGGUUUCCGGAAGAGGGUUGGACUCUUUUAUACCAUGUGGGAGCUGCUGUGAAGAGUUGCUGCAUUCCAGGGUAUACCCAAAUUCCCAGUUCCGGGUAAGGAGGCGCACAGAGCCGCUUGAUGUGGCUGCGGAUGGGGGCGGCAUAUCGAGGAAGGCCCCUGUCAUUAAAACUCCGUUGGCGUGAAAGAUGACGUCCUUAGCCCAGCAGCUCCAACGACUUGCCCUCCCUCAAAGUGAUCCCAGCCUCUUCUCUAGAGAUGAAGUUGCCUCUUUGUUGUUUGACCCUAAGGAAGCGGCCACCAUCGACAGGGACACCGCCUUUGCCAUUGGAUGCACUGGCCUGGAAGAAUUGCUUGGAAUUGAUCCUUCCUUUGAGCAGUUUGAAGCACCGUUGUUCAGUCAGCUAGCAAAAACCUUGGAGCGAAGCGUUCAGACCAAAGCAGUAAACAAACAGUUGGAUGAAAACAUUUCAUUAUUCCUUAUUCACUUGUCACCUUACUUUCUGCUUAAGCCAGCGCAGAAGUGUCUGGAGUGGUUGAUUCACAGGUUCCAUAUACAUCUUUAUAAUCAAGAUAGCCUCAUUGCUUGUGUUCUGCCAUACCAUGAGACAAGAAUAUUUGUGCGAGUCAUACAGCUGCUAAAAAUUAAUAAUUCAAAGCACAAAUGGUUCUGGCUGUUGCCAGUUAAGCAAUCCGGAGUGCCCUUAGCUAAAGGAACUUUGAUUACCCACUGCUACAAAGACCUUGGAUUCAUGGAUUUCAUUUGUAGUUUGGUGACAAAAUCUGUGAAGGUUUUUGCUGAGUACCCGGGCAGCUCAGCUCAGUUGAGGGUGCUCUUGGCUUUCUAUGCAUCCACCAUUGUGUCGGCGCUGGUAGCUGCGGAAGACGUAUCAGACAAUAUCAUCGCAAAAUUAUUUCCCUAUAUCCAAAAGGGAUUGAAAUCAUCUUUACCAGAUUACAGAGCUGCAACAUAUAUGAUAAUAUGUCAGAUUUCUGUGAAAGUGACAAUGGAAGAUACCUUUGUGAAUUCAUUGGCAUCACAGAUCAUCAAAACAUUAACCAAGAUUCCCUCUUUGAUCAAGGAUGGAUUAAGUUGCUUGAUAGUACUCCUGCAGAGACAGAAGCCAGAGAGCCUUGGGAAAAAGCCAUUCCUUCAUUUAUGUAAUGUUCCUGAUCUUAUUACAAUACUUCAUGGGAUUUCUGAAACUUACGAUGUCAGUCCUCUUCUGCGUUACAUGCUUCCCCAUCUGGUUGUCUCCAUCAUUCAUCACGUUACAGGAGAAGAAACUGAAGGGAUAGAUGGUCAAAUCUACAAGAACCACUUAGAAGCUAUACUUACAAAAAUAUCACUGAAUAACAACUUAGACCAUUUGUUGGCUAGCCUUCUAUUUGAAGAGUAUAUUUCAUAUAAUUCACAGGAAGAAAUGGAUUCUGAUAAAGUAUCUUUGCUUAAUGAACAGUUUCUUCCACUCAUUAGGCUUUUAGAAAGCAAAUACCCCAGAACGUUAGACGUUGUGUUAGAGGAACACCUAAAGGAAAUUGCAGACCUGAAAAAACAAGAGCUUUUUCACCAGUUUGUUUCCCUUUCUACAAGUGGAGGAAAAUAUCAGUUUUUAGCAGAUUCGGAUACUUCUUUGAUGCUCAGUCUGAAUCAUCCACUUGUUCCUGUGAGACUUCUGGCCAUUAAUCAUUUGAAAAAUAUCAUGAAAACAUCAAAGGAGGGUGUUGAUGAGUCUUUCAUAAAAGAAGCUGUUUUAGCCCGAUUAGGUGAUGAUAAUAUAGAUGUUGUUUUGGCGGCAAUAAGUGCUUUUGAGAUUUUCAAAGAACACUUCAGUUCAGAAGUGACGAUUUCAAAUCUUCUGAAUCUCUUUCAAAGAGCAGAACUUUCAAAGAAUAGAGAAUGGUACGAGGUACUUAAGAUAGCAGCUGACAUAUUAAUUAAAGAAGAGAUACUGAGUGAAAAUUAUCAGUUGUCAAAUCAGGUGGUUACACAUUUAUUACCAUUUAUGGUCAUCAAUAAUGAUGAUAUGGAAUCUGCCGAGAUGAAAAUUGCUAUAUAUUUAUCAAAAUCAGGAAUCUGCUCUCUGCACCCUCUAUUAAGAGGCUGGGAAGAAGCUCUCGAAAAUGUGAUUAGAAACAGAAAGCCAGGAAAACUAAUUGGUGUAGCGAAUCAGAAGAUGAUUGAGUUAUUGGCUGAUAAUAUAAAUUCAGGAGAUCCGUCUUCAAUGUUAAAUGUGGUGGAGGAUUUAAUAAGCAUGGGUGACAAGGAGUCCUUUAACCUGAAGCAGAAAGUGACAUGUCACGUGAUCAUGUCUGUGCUCGUCUCUUGUUGUUCAUCUUUGAAGGAAACCCACUUUCCAUUUGCGAUAAGAGUCUUCAGUUUGCUGCAGAAAAAAAUAAAGAAACUUGAAAGUGUCAUUACUGCAGUGGAAAUCCCCUCAGAAUGGCACAUUGAACUGAUGCUAGACAGAGGGAUACCAGUGGAGGUGUGGGCACAUUAUGUGGAAGAGCUCAACACUACCCAGAGGGUGGCCGUGGAGGACUCUGUUUUACUUGUAUUUUCCCUGAAAAAUUUUAUGUAUGCACUGAAAGCUCCUAAGUCUUUUCCUAAAGGUGACAUAUGGUGGAAUCCUGAGCAACUGAAAGAAGACAGCAGGGACUAUCUGCACCUGCUUAUGGGACUCUUUGAGAUGAUGCUCAGUGGUGCUGAUGCUGUUCAUUUCAGGGUUCUGAUGAAACUUUUCAUAAAGGUACAUCUACAAGAUGUUUUUCAGUUAUUCAAGUUUUUUUCUGUUUUAUGGACCUAUGGUUCUAGCCUUUCAAAUCCACUUAACUGCAAUGUGAAAACAGCGCUGCAGACUCAAGCUCUUUAUGUGGGCUGUGCAAUGCUCUCUUCUCAGAAGACACAGUGUAAACACCAACUGGCAUCCAUAUCUUCUCCAGUGGUGACAUCUUUACUCAUUAACCUGGGAAGCCCCAUAAAAGAAGUUCGUAGGGCUGCCGUUCAUUGUCUCCAGGCCCUCAGUGGAGUGGUGUCCCCGCUUCAUCUGAUAAUAGAUGAUCUGAUUUCUAAAGCAGAGGAGAUCACUUCAGAUGCUACGUAUGUUAUUCAGGAUUUGGCUACUUUGUUUGAGGAACUGCAGAGAGAAAAGAAACUGAAAUCUCAUCAGAAGUUAUCUGAAACUUUGAAAAACUUACUUAGUUGUGUAUAUAGUUGCCCAUCUUAUAUAGCAAAAGAUUUGAUGAAAGUACUUCAGGGAGUCAACAGUGAGAUGGUGCUUUCUCAGCUAUUGCCUAUGGCUGAACAACUGCUAGAAAAGAUUCAGAAGGAGCCCACAGCUGUCUUGAAAGAUGAGGCCAUUGUUUUGCAUCUCACUCUGGGAAAGUAUAAUGAAUUUUCAUCUUCCCUUUUAAAUAAGGAUCCGAAGAGUCUAGAUAUAUUUAUAAAAGCUGUGCACACAACAAACGAACUUUACGCAGGAAUGCCAACCAUUCAGAUUACAGCCCUUGAAAAGAUUACAAAACCAUUUUUCGCAGCCAUAUCAGAUGAAAAAGUUCAGCAGAAGCUUUUAAGAAUGUUGUUUGAUUUAUUGGUGAACUGUAAAAACUCACGUUGUGCUCAGACUGUCAGCAGUGUUUUUAAAGGGAUUUCCAUUAACGCUGAACAAGUCAGAAUAGAACUGGAGCCACCAGAUAAAGCUAAAUCCUUGGGCACAGUUCAGCAAAAAAGAAGGCAAAAAAUGCAGCAGAAAAAAUCACAAGAUCUAGAAUCUGUUCAGGAAGUUGGAGGUUCCUACUGGCAAAGAGUAACUCUCAUCCUGGAAUUACUGCAGCACAAAAAGAAGCUCAAAAGUCCUCAGAUAUUGGUGCCAACUCUUUUUAACUUGCUCUCAAGGUGUUUAGAACCCUUGCCGCAAGAGCAGGGAAAUAUGGAGUACACCAAACAAUUAAUUCUUAGUUGUCUGCUCAGCAUCUGCCAAAAACUCUCUCCAGAUGGUGGCAAAAUACCCAAAGAUAUUUUAGAUGAGGAGAAGUUCAAUGUGGAGUUGAUCGUUCAAUGCAUCCGCCUUUCGGAGAUGCCUCAGACCCAUCACCAUGCCCUUUUACUUUUGGGUACUGUUGCUGGAAUAUUUCCGGAUAAAGUUCUACACAAUAUCAUGUCUAUUUUUACAUUUAUGGGAGCCAAUGUCAUGCGCCUAGAUGAUACUUACAGUUUUCAAGUUAUUAACAAGACAGUGAAAAUGGUUAUUCCCGCACUUAUUCAGUCUGAUAGUGGAGAUUCUAUAGAAGUUACAAGAAACGUUGAAGAGAUUGUGGUAAAAAUCAUUAAUGUAUUUGUGGAUGCGUUGCCACAUGUCCCGGAGCACAGGCGCCUGCCCAUCCUCGUUCAACUUGUUGAUACGCUGGGUGCAGAAAAAUUCCUCUGGGUUCUCCUCAUCUUGCUUUUUGAACAGUAUGUCACAAAAACAGUGCUGGCAGCUGCCUGUGGAGAAAAGGAUGCUAUUUUAGAAGCAGACACUGAAUUUUGGUUUUCAGUCUGUUGUGAAUUUAGUGUCCAGCAUCAGAUACAAAGCUUGAUGAAAAUUCUCCAGUACUUACUAAAGCUGCCAGAGGAAAAAGAAGAAACCAUUCCCAAAGCAGUGUCUAAUAAGAGUGAAUCACAAGAAGAAACGCUACAGAUUUUUAACGUGGAGACGCACACCAGCAAGCAGCUGCGGCAUUUUAAGUUUUUGUCAGUGUCCUUCAUGUCUCAGCUCCUGUCGUCCGAUAAUUUUCUGAAAAAGGUGGUUGAGAGUGGUGGUCCUGAGAUUUUAAAAGGCCUUGAAGAGAGGUUGCUGGAGACCGUUCUCGGCUAUAUCAACGCUGUCGCACAGUCCGUGGAAAAGAACGCAGACAAACUCACCGCGAAGUUCUGGCGCGCACUCCUUAGUAAAGCUUACGACCUCUUAGACAAGGUCAAUGCCCUGCUGCCCACAGAGACAUUCAUUCCUGUCAUCAGAGGGCUGGUGGGCAAUCCCCUGCCAUCUGUUCGCCGGAAAGCACUGGACCUUUUGAAUAACAAGCUACAGCAGAAUAUAUCCUGGAAGAAGACAGUAGUUAACCGUUUCCUGAAACUGGUUCCAGACCUUUUGGCCAUUGUACAGCGUAAGAAAAAGGAAGGGGAAGAAGAACACGCCAUCAACAGACAGACGGCGUUGUAUGCCUUAAAGCUUUUAUGCAAGAAUUUUGGUGCAGAAAAUCCAGAUCCCUUUGUCCCAGUGCUGAGCACUGCCGUGACACUUAUUGCUCCAGAGAGAAAGGAGGAGAAGAAUGUCUUGGGAAGUGCACUGCUAUGCAUAGCAGAGGUGGCCUCCACCCUGGAAGCACUGGCCAUCCCUCAGCUUCCCAGCCUGAUGCCAUCGUUGCUGACAACAAUGAAGAACACCAGUGACCUGGUCUCCAGCGAGGUCUAUCUGCUCAGUGCCUUGGCUGCCCUGCAGAAGGUGGUAGAGACUCUCCCGCACUUCAUCAGCCCCUACCUGGAAGGUAUUCUCUCCCAGGUGAUUCAUUUGGAGAAAAUCACUAGCAAAAUGGGUUCCGCCUCACAGGCCAAUAUCCGCCUCACAUCUCUUAAAAAGACACUGGCUACCACACUUGCACCCCGAGUCCUGUUGCCCGCCAUCAAAAAAACUUACAAGCAGAUUGAGAAGAGCUGGAAGAAUCACAUGGGUCCAUUUAUGAGCAUCUUGCAAGAGCAUAUUGGGGUGAUGAAGAAGGAAGAGCUCACCUCCCAUCAGUCUCAGCUAACCACAUUUUUCCUGGAGGCCCUGGACUUCCGAGCACAGCACUCUGAGGACGAUCUGGAGGAAAUUGGAAAAACAGAAAAUUGUAUCAUCGACUGUCUAGUAGCCAUGGUUGUGAAACUUUCCGAGGUCACAUUCAGACCCCUGUUCUUCAAGCUGUUUGAUUGGGCUAAAACUGAAGAUGCCCCAAAGGACAGGCUGCUGACAUUUUACAACUUGGCAGAUUGCAUUGCUGAAAAGCUGAAAGGGCUUUUUACUCUGUUUGCCGGCCACUUGGUGAAGCCUUUUGCUGACACCUUGAACCAGGUGAACAUCUCCAAAACAGAUGAAGCAUUUUUUGACUCUGAAAAAGACCCUGAAAAGUGCUGCUUGCUGUUGCAGUUUGUUUUGAACUGUUUAUACAAAAUCUUCCUUUUUGAUACCCAGCAUUUUAUAAGUAAAGAGAGAGCAGAAGCCUUGAUGAUGCCUCUGGUGGAUCAGCUGGAAAACAGGCUUGGAGGAGACGAGAAAUUCCAGGAACGGGUGACAAAGCACCUGAUCCCUUGCAUCGCACAGUUUUCAGUGGCCAUGGCGGAUGACUCUCUUUGGAAACCACUGAACUACCAGAUUCUGCUAAAGAUGAGAGACUCCUCGCCUAAGGUUCGAUUUGCUGCUUUGAUUACUGUGUUAGCACUGGCUGAAAAACUAAAGGAGAAUUACAUCGUCUUGCUGCCAGAGUCCAUUCCCUUCUUAGCAGAGUUGAUGGAAGGUAAUUCCCAAACUAUUAAACAAUUAAGGAAUAAGUCAGAAAACUUCUGUGAAAAUGUGCCCAGUGAUAAUGCAGAUUUAGAUAUAACGUGACUAGCAGUUGCUCCCAUCCUCCUACAGGCGGCUCCACUCUCAAAAACAGGCAGGCUGGAGCUCCUGUUUUGAGUUGGGUGGAGGGAGUGAGUUGAGACGUGACCACCUCGUGAUCAUUUGAGUCUGUUUGCAGUGUAAUCUUCACUAUCUUUACUUUUGUGGUGUUUUGUGAUCAUGCAAGCAGAUUACAAUAGUGUUUUUAAUUAACUUCAUACAUUUAUAUGGUUGAAGUUUUGGUCCCCAGAUGGGAGGUUAUUGUAUGGAAAUACCUAGUGGCAUUAAGGGUGCAGUAGGAUGUCCACUUCUAGUAACAACCAACAUUCAUUCACUACUCCAUGAUAGGUGCUUUACAUGGAUUAUUUCACUUAAAAAUCACAACAUUUUGUCUCUGUUUUACAAAGGAAGAAACUAGAGGCUUAAAAGGUUUCAAUGAUUUGACAAAGAUAACAAGCUAGUGAGUGUGACAUGGGGAGCUAUGACAGUUCUGGAACAUAGUCUUAGGCCCAGGAAAGAACAUGGGAGGGGCGGUGGAGCAAGUAGAUCAGUGCUUCACUGAUUCAUCGCUUAGCUAGGCCAAAAAAGUGCAUUCUCCUUUGUUUGUUAGCUCCUGGAGGGGGGAAGUGUGAGCUACUAAAGGGGUGGUACCCCUAGGAAGUUUGAGUUUUUGGGGUUCUUAUUCAGCUUCCAGUGCAAGUCUCUGAGAAUGAAAUGAAGGUGGAAGGAACAGUGUAGAGGGAGGUGGUCUGCGGCGCUUCCUGCUUUGUUAAUGUGCCUCAUCUGUGUUUGAAUGAUUGCCAGAGAAUGCCAGACAUUAAGAAUUAAACUAAUGAGAAAUGAGGCAGGUGAACUGACUUGAUUUCAAUUUUGAUUUUUUUUUAGAUGAAUGUGAAGAAGUAGAACAUCAGUGCCAAAAGACUAUUCAACAGCUGGAAACUGUGCUAGGGGAGCCGCUCCAGAGCUACUUCUAAGACUGGUGUUUCAUACUCUACUCAGAGUUCAGAUUUAUUUUUCAUAUUUUUAUUUUUGGGUGUUGGGGUGCCCUAUUACUUUUGGUGCCUUAAUACACCUACUUGGACUACUUAAAAUAUUUUAUUGUAUCUUUACAAAAUUCCCACCUGGGUUGUGCCACCAGGUGGCACAUAAGCCUCUCCUGCCAACUGUACAGAGCUGCCCAAAGAGUAAAUGACACGUGGUCUUUUUAUACAGACUGCUGUUUCACAUUUAUUCUCUUCCUGAUUGAUGUUAAUAAUAUUAGACCUGUUUACUUUUAGUACCCAAAGCUGACGGCUUAUUUGCACUGUAAGCCUUAACUCUUCUGUAUAGCAGUGUCUUAUAUACAUGGUAUCUGUGUUGCAGAUUUCACUCAAGAGUUGCUCUCUACUUCCAGAAAAUGACAGUAAUUUAGCAAUCAACAAAUACUUUUCACUGUAAAGCCUACUUUUCAUUUUGGGUAGGCGAACUUCAGCCUUAAUUUCUUUGUGUGUGCCUAUGGAGAAGUGGUUCUGGAAUGCUUUUUAACCCAGGUGUGUGAUUGUCAUCUUUAUCUUUUACUCUGAGGAAACGGGAGAGAUGGAGGCAAUAUGCUGCUUCCAAAAGAGCUCACACCUGGCUGCUCACAGACAGGGCCCAGAAACACUAGGCAUGAGGAAGCUCCUCCAGGAUUAAGAAUGGCCGCAGUUCCAUUGGUGGUUAACUGAGAAUUACUUGUCUAAGAAAGGAAGUAUCGCUAGAUUUUUUGCAAUGCUUUGAAGUGCCCUAGUCUCUAGUAUUGGGUCAUGGUAAAGUUGGAAAGUGAAGGCUGAGAUACAAUUAGAUCUUCCCCUUUUUUAAAGGCAUCUAAGAACAAUCCCGUAGAAUGUUUGCAUUGAGUUUAAAAGCCUUUGGAACUAACAUAGAAGUUUAAUGCAGAAUUGUGACAAGCAAAAGGCUAACUUAGUUUAGGGAAAGAGCUUUCUAGUAUAGAAGUGCAUAUUUCUAAGAAAUGUCUCAUUAAAAUGCAUUAAUAAAUA